AGCUUUAGGUCCGACGACAGUUUGAAGGGAGCCGGGUAGGUGGGUGGGCUGCCAGCCCGAUACCUCCUGGAACGGGAGACGAAUCUUGGAUGGCUUCACUAUCUGACUGACUAAUUCCUGUAUCGAAGCUGGAAUGAGUUUCAGAGAGCAACUCCUUUAUUUGCUUAUAUAAAAGCCUGGAAGUCUCAAUAAGUGCGACGGAAGGAAGAAAAGCGGAAGGGAUUUAUAAUAUAAACAUUUUAUUUGCAUCUCUUUCCCCUGAAAUCAAGUUGUUUUUUUCUGGAGGAAAGGGAGGGUGAACUGGAUAUUUGUUGGCAAAUAGAAAUGAAGGCUGGCUUUUAAAAUGUCAUGUAUUAUUUUUCCUCUGGCAAUGGAUAUUGACCACCACAUUUCUGUUGUGUUCCAAAAACUUUCUUUUCUAUAGUGAGAGCAAAGAGGAACUAAUAGUCUUUUGUUGUCAUUCAGAGCAACGGCCAGAAAAAUACAGGCAGCUUACAGAGUCUAGGAGAAAAUUGGAUAUUAUGGAUGGUUUCUCAACUGCUGGUUUUGGAUUUGGAUAUAUGUGUUUGGAACAAUUAAUAGGAAUUUUAAUUUUUGUAAAAUGAUCUGCAUAAAGGAUCUUAACAAACUUAUAUGAAAGGAAUCUACUUGGUUACAAAACACUCUUAACCAUUUUUAACCAAGACAUGCUUAAGGAUGUGGAUUUGAUGUAGAAACUGAGCAGCUUGUUAAACAAAAGGAACAAUGCUUCAAAAUCCUUUUAAAGCGCUAUUUCUUUGACAGUUGAUUUAUAUUUUAGCUGUUUCUAGUUCCCAUUUCCUUGUAUGAUUAGAUACUUUUAAGGAACUGUUUUGAACUGUUUCAUUUCAUUGUGAAGAAAGGAUAGACUACUUAUGACUUCUGCAAUGACAGCUUUGGACACUGAACAGUUAACUGGGUGUUGUAUAAUGCCCUGAUAAACUAAAGUACUAAAAGUGGCUUCAAGGAAACAUCUUACCCAAGAGGUGUUUUGGGGGUUACUCCCCUCCUUAUUCCCCCUUGAUGACUCCAGGAGGUGGUGGAGGAGGGCCCAUGAAAGACUGUGAAUACAGUCAGAUCAGCACUCACAGCUCCUCUUCUCCCAUGGAGUCUCCUCAUAAGAAAAAGAAAACAACUGCCAAGAGAAAAUGGGAGGUUUUCCCUGGAAGAAACAAGUUCUACUGUGAUGGAAGGAUCAUGAUGGCUCGUCAGACUGGAGUCUUCUACCUGACCCUUGUUCUUAUUUUGGUUACCAGUGGACUGUUCUUCGCAUUUGAUUGUCGAUAUUUAUCAGAUGAGAUUACACCUGCUAUUCCUGCAGUAGGAGCAGUUCUGUUCUUUUUUGUUAUGGGGACCUUGCUACGUACUAGCUUCAGUGAUCCUGGAGUCCUGCCUCGUGCAACACCAGAUGAAGCAGCAGAUCUUGAAAGACAAAUAGGUAACACUGAAGAAAUUGCAAAUGGCUCCAGUUCAGGAGGGUAUCGUCCACCUCCCAGAACAAAAGAAGUACUCAUCAAUGGGCAGACAGUGAAGUUAAAAUACUGUUUUACCUGCAAGAUUUUUCGCCCACCUCGUGCCUCACAUUGCAGCCUUUGUGAUAACUGUGUAGAACGGUUUGAUCACCAUUGUCCCUGGGUAGGCAACUGUGUGGGGAAAAGAAACUACAGAUUUUUUUAUAUGUUUAUUUUAUCUCUGUCUUUUCUGACAGUCUUUAUAUUUGCAUUCGUUAUCACCCACAUCAUCCAUCGAUCUCAACAAACAGGGUUCUUAAAUGCACUCAAGGACAGUCCUGCAAGUGUGCUGGAAGCUGUGGUAUGUUUCUUCUCCGUUUGGUCCAUUGUUGGGCUUUCAGGUUUUCAUACUUAUUUGAUCAGCUCCAAUCAAACAACAAAUGAGGAUAUCAAGGGAUCUUGGUCAAAUAAAAGAGGUAAAGAAAACUUCAAUCCAUACAGCUAUGGCAACAUUUUCACUAACUGUUGUUCUGCACUCUGUGGGCCCAUCUCUCCCAGCUUAAUUGACAGAAGAGGAUUUAUGCAGCCAGAUACUCCACAGCCAGCAGCACCCUCAAAUGGCAUUACAAUGUAUGGGGCCACACAGUCUCAGAGUAAUAUGUGUGAUCAAGAUCAGUGCAUUCAGAGCACUAAAUUCGUUUUGCAGGCUGCUGCCACACCGCUUCUCCAGAGUGAGCCCAGCAUAAGUAGUGAAGAGCUACCUUUGCCAGGAAAGACCUCUAUCAGUGCUCCCUGUGCCACAUUAACACUAGGGCAGCCAACACCACCCUCCUCCAUGCCAAAUCUCACCUCAGAAACAGGUUUGACAGACAUGAUACCAUUAAAAGAGGACUCUGAAAGUCAUCAGUUUCUUACUCCUGAGGAAGCUCCAUCACCACCUGGGAUGUUGCCAAUUGGGAGUCCUAUGAUUCACAGCCGUACCAUGCAUAUCCUCAGCCUAGCCAGCCAGGACUCGUUGCACGAAGACUCAGUACGUGGCCUUGUGAAACUCAGCUCAGUCUGAGCAACUUUCAAUAUGAUGGUGAUUAUACAGCCCUUAUAUGCUAACAACAGAAACUUGCCAAGCCACCUUCGGACUCCGUAACAUGCAUAAGCCACUGAAACUUUGCUAGGUCUUCUUAAAAGGACAAGUUAUUUUUGUGCAGUGAAGAAGCUAUGGCAUUUCUUUAAUAGCCAAUUUAUAGCUUGGAUUUGAUGUGACAUUGUCAAAAUAACAGAAAUGUACAUUAACCUUGUUUGGUGACUAAUAGUGUCCAGCAGUUUGGAAUCCUGGUACUUUGAAUUUGAUUAUGAUAAUACUUUAAAAGAUAUUACUGGAAGUUAGCAUCAUAUUCCAUGUUUUAUGAAGUUCUCAUGUAAUGUUGCCUUUGAGGCCAUGCCGGCCACCCUUUUCAUGUUAUUACUCUACUAAUAUUUGAAACAAAAAAAAUGCCAUUCAGAUAAUACAAAACCAAUAAAUACUGCAAUUGUGGAUUUGCAUGCCACGCUACAGUGUAUGUUACAGUAGUGUUGGUAUUGAGAGAAAGUGCUGCUUUAUUAUUUGUGAGUUUUGAAGUACUGUUUCAUAUGAAAGGCAGUGCAACAAACCAAUGGACAAAUGUUUUGUUUUUUUUAAUCAGUCAAAGUUGUUAUAAAUAAAUGAACUGGUGGUACUUCAAACGUGGAGGACUACCAUUUUUUGCAUAUCAUUUCACUUUGAGUGUCUGAUAUAAGAUACUGUGUUGUGCCAUUGAUUUCUCUCUACCAUCACCGUUAGAUAAAAUGGCACCCUCUGUUCCCUUAAAUAUGUGUACAGUUAAUACCCAUACAGUGCGGAUGACAACAACAGCUCCAUAUGGACUGCGAGUUACUUUUCCUCAUGAUAAUGCAAUUAAGAAGCUCAAAGGAGUAUAUAAAGUCCAAUUAUGAAUGGUUUUUAGUAUUGUGUGUGGUUUUGAAAAUAGUUUAAUUUUAGGACAAACCAUGCCUACAACUAACCUGAGUGUCAAAAUAACUUGAAGUUAAUGAGUUGCAUCUAAAAGCCCUCUUCCAUUAUCUGGUUCUCACAAACAGAAGGGGUGUGCUAUUAACAAGUACCCCCUGAAAAUCUGAUGUGGAGGGUUGAGAGACCCUCUGGAACAGCAUAGGGUGGAGGCUGCAGGUAUUAGGGGUAACUGGCAAAGGUCACCUUCCUCUCCUUCCAUUUUCAGGACUUCUGCUAGUUGGGAUAUCUGUUGCAUUCAUGGAAUGGCACCUUUGGAUCCGAUCUAAUAUCUUAUUUAGGACCCAUACCAAUGGUGCCCAGAGAGAUCUUCCAAGUAAGAGAUUUGCAAGGUAAGGGUGCCCCAAGGUUCUAAACUUUGGGAAGAGGAAGAGAUAAAUUACUGGAACAUAAGUUACAUGUGAUCCAUAGCUGCCAUCUAGUCAUGUGUAUUUUCAAUUAUAUUCUAUUUUUAAUUUAAAAUUGACAUAUUUAUGAGACAUAAUUAUUUGUUUUUAUUUGAGGUUAGGACAAAUUAGUUAUGAUUUAAGGGGGGGGAAACUGCUCGGGGAUAGCCAACAAGAACAUUAAAAGUGAUCAUUCAAAUGCUAUGUAUUGCUGCAUCUUGCCUUGCUUUUAAGAUGCUAGGACCUGCAAUAAUCUUUUCUCAGGACAAAAUUUUGUGCAAAGUAUUUUUUAAAAAAUUCAAGCUUCACUGCAGGCAACUACUUUUGAAAACAAGGAUCAUGAAGACAUGGAUUCGUUGCAUCUCUGAGACAUGGAAAAAUACAGUUCAAAAGAAAACAAAAGCACAAUGUUUUAAUUGGAAUAAGGCCAUCUCUCUUGUAGAAGUGCCAAACAAUGUACUGGCAAGAAGCUUCACACUGUGUACAAUUUUAUAAAAGAUAUUAUUUUUCUCUUAAAAGUGAUAAAACGUUCACCUUGUUUGCAUGUAUAGUAAAUAUCUAGAGGGGGGAUUAUAUCCAUAGGUUCCUUGCUUUUUCUGUUUUGCAGAAAGCUAUGCAUGAUCUGCAGUUAUCUGGUUGUGAGCCAUUCAAAUGUUUACAAGCUUUCAUAUAAAGGGAUAUUGUCUCUUUUCCUGUCAGACCUCAAAGGAUUUAUUUAAAAUCCUGCAUACAUUAUUUCCUUUAGCACAGGCUUAUUCCAAAGAAAAAACAACUUUGAGAUGCAUUCUUUUGACUUAUUGUUUGAUUACUGUACUAGAAGGAGCUAUAAGAAGAAUUUAAACAACUAUAAGCACCAAUAUAACAGCAGUGAACACAUUGAUUUAGGGAAACGUUUUCAAUGGAAGUGGGUGAGGUUGAUUGCCUUUGUAAAUCUCAGUCUCCAUACAACACCUCAGAGGCAAUAAUCCUAAAUCAGAUUUUAAGUUUGUGAGCUAAUAAUGUUAUGUCAUGUGCUAGGAAUACACAAUUACACAAUACAUUCUAGAAAGUUGGGAUACUUCAAUUUCUUGCUAUCCUUCCUCUCUGCCAGAAGGAUUCUGAUUUUCCUACAAAACAAACAAAGAUUAGGGCAGGAGGAGAACUGCCUUUUUUUUUUUUUUGCUCAUUACAUUGAAAUAGGUUUGGCAUCAUUUCUGACGACAGAAGGAAAGUAUCACAUGGACACUUAUUUUGUGAAGUUCAUUUCUUUAAAAAACCUACCAGUAUUGAAUUAUUUCAGUGUACCUGAAUAUUUUGCUUCUUCUGCAGAUGCCAGAACAUGGAGCCUACAUUCCCCACAGUGCGGAAAAUAAACAAUGAUAAAUAUUUUACUCUGCCAUUAUGACUUCACAGCUGUGGCGCUUACACAAAGGAGUAGAAAUGUUUAAAAAUUCAUCUGCUUACAUUUUCACAGAAAUACUUUGGGGUUCUUUUUCAGUAGCAGCAUUUGGAUACCUUUGCUAUAUGGAAAUAGCAUCACAUGUCACUUAAGUCCACAAUAUGGUUCUGGUAGUAUUUUUUACUGAGGGAGGGGCAUGAGAAUGCCGCCAUGCUGUUGUUUUUAAGUGUCUCUUAUAUAAAGCUUUAAAAUUCUGCACUGCCACAUUAGAAUACUUUGGUUUUCUUAGAGCUUGAGGGAAAGAAAAUGCUCGAUGACAGAAAAAGUACUGUGAAUACCUAUUUUAGAAUGAAUUUAUUAUUUCUGUUUCCAUUGUUGUACAGUAAUUUUUUGCUGUUUAUAAUAUUUUUUGACUUUGUGUUGAAGAAUAAAAAGUACAGCAUUUUUAAGCA